UUUCAUCUUCAGUCUGACAAAAUCUCUCGUGUGUUCCGUACGCUUUUAAGCUGAAAUUUAAAGUUUUUCUUCUUUCAUAUUCUUGAAUAGGAAAUUCUCAUCUUCAUUUUAUGAUCAUUAAGAAGCUAUAAUAAGUCGCGGAAUAUUCAUGAAAAAGUGAUUAUCUAAAAGAAGAAAAAACUUCACCACAGCACAAAAAGUUUUCCAAUUUCUGACAAAAAAAAAUUCUUGCAUCUCAAUAAGCAGGAUUCUUUUACAUAAUAAUUGUGAAAAGUUGCAACGAUAAAGUGAAAAUCUUUUAGAGUUUUUUUUUCUUGUGCCUUGAAAAAAGGAGAAGUUCUUACAAAAAAAUAAGAAAAUAAUACAAAGGAAAAAGCUAAUUAAAGUGCAGUAAAAUAAAGAGCGAAAUGUCCACAGCACGAGUUUCAGAGGGGAUCCGCGAUGCAUGUCAGGAGUUGAUUCUGGAUGACAAGAAGAUUGGAGAGAUUAUGACCAGAUUCUUGAAAGAGAUCCAGCUCGGUCUCAAGAAAGAAACACACGCAAAAGCUGACAUUAAAUGUUUUGUCACAUACGUGCAAGAUCUGCCAAAUGGAAAAGAGCGCGGCAAAUUUCUCGCUUUAGAUUUAGGAGGAACUAACUUCCGUGUCCUUCUAAUUCACCUCAAAGGCGACGAUGAUUUUGAAAUGCAGUCAAAGAUCUAUGCAAUCCCACAAAGUAUUAUGCUUGGUUCAGGUUCACAACUCUUUGAUCACAUUGCUGAGUGUUUGGCCAAUUUCAUCAAGGAACACAAACUUCAAGAUGAACGACUGCCAUUAGGUUUCACUUUUUCUUUCCCACUGAAACAAUUAGGCUUAACAAAAGGAUUUUUAAUAAGAUGGACGAAAGGUUUUAACUGCGAAGGUGUUGUUGAUCAUGAUGUUGUUGAGUUGUUAGAAGAAGCGCUCAAAAGACGUGGAGAUGUACAAAUUGAAAUUUGUGCAGUGUUGAAUGACACAACAGGAACACUGAUGUCUUGUGGUUGGAAGAACCACGAUUGUAGAAUUGGAGUCAUUGUCGGUACUGGAAGUAAUGCUUGUUAUGUAGAACGUGUUGAAAAUGCAGAAUUGUACGAUGGACCAGAUAAUGGCAAAUCACAUGUCUUGAUUAAUACAGAAUGGGGUGCAUUUGGUGAUAAUGGUGCACUUGAUUUCAUCCGAACGGAAUAUGAUCGUGAAAUGGACGAAUUUAGCAUAAAUAAGGGCAAACAAACUGUAGAGAAGAUGAUAUCAGGAAUGUACAUGGGUGAAUUAGUGAGACUUGCUCUUGUGAGAUUUACAAAAGCUGGACUGUUAUUCGGUGGUCAAGGAUCAGAUUUGCUCUUUAAACGAUACCAAUUCUUCACAAAAUACGUUUCUGAAAUCGAAGGUGACAGUCCUGGAUCAUUUUUCAAUUGUUAUGACGUACUCGAGGAACUUGGAAUCUUCCACGCCACAGACGAAGAUUGUGCAAAUAUUAGAUAUAUCUGUGAGUGCAUUUCAAGUCGAGCUGCUCAUUUAUCGUCUGCUGGUAUCGCCACACUAAUUAACAAAAUGAACGAGCCAAGUGUAACUGUCGGUGUUGACGGUUCAGUAUAUCGCUUCCACCCUAGAUUCCAUGACUUAAUGAUGGAAAAAAUCCGUACCCUCGUACAUGAUCACAUUUCAUUCGAUAUUAUGCUGUCAGAGGACGGCUCAGGUCGCGGAGCCGCACUUGUUGCUGCCGUCGCAUCACGAGAUGCACAAUAA